GGGUUUUAUAAACUGCAGGCUGCAGCCCGAGCACAGACAGACAGAGACGCCGCUUCUUCUAGGGUUGAAGGGUUGAGCAAAAUGAAGACAAUUCUUUCAUCGGAAACUAUGGACAUUCCCGAUGGGGUUAAGAUCAAGAUCAAUGCCAAGGUCAUAGAGGUGGAGGGUCCUCGAGGUAAGCUCACACGCAAUUUCAAGCAUUUGAACCUCGAUUUCCAUCUCAUCAAGGAUGAAGCUACGGGGAAACGCAAACUCAAGAUCGAAGCAUGGUUUGGCUCCAGGAAGACCAGCGCUGCCAUCCGUACCGCCCUCAGCCACGUUGAGAAUCUUAUCACUGGUGUCACCAAAGGCUACCGCUACAAAAUGCGAUUUGUUUAUGCUCACUUCCCCAUCAACGCUUCCAUUACUAACUCCAACACUGCCAUUGAGAUUCGGAACUUCCUUGGCGAGAAGAGGGUCAGGAAAGUGGAUAUGCUUGAAGGUGUAACUGUUAUUCGGUCUGAUAAGGUUAAAGAUGAGCUUGUAUUGGAUGGGAAUGAUAUUGAAUUGGUGUCUCGGUCAGCUGCCUUGAUAAACCAGAAAUGCCAUGUUAAGAACAAAGAUAUCAGGAAAUUCCUUGAUGGUAUCUAUGUCAGUGAGAAAGGGACCGUUGUUGAAGAAGAAUGAGAAAAGUUCAGCAUUCUAUAUCAUACUUACAUUUGUUUUCCAGUUUAUGAGAAUAUCUUUUUGUUUUUGGGUUAGAUUAGUUGGACUUGAUGCACCCAAUGUUUUAAUUGUUUUCUUGUUGGUGUCAUGAGAAUUUUGAGGAAAAAUGUUACUCAUUUGAAAAUGUUUUGUGCA